ACUUUCUCUCUCUAAUGUUCUUAAACCCCUUCCUCUUCCCUUUUUAUUUUGAUGCUUUUUUCUAAAUUCCCAUUAAAAAGGUUUCUCUCUCCUUGCUUAUUCCAUGGCUAGCGUAAAUCAGUCUACUCUUCAAAAUCAAGUUAAUGUUCCGUCGUCUUCUUGUCGUGACCCUAAAUUUUCGCCGUCUUCUUGCCGUAACCCUAACUUUUCGUCGGAUAUUUUCCGACGGAAACCACCGGAACCUCCGGGAAAACACCAUUGUCUUCAACCUAACUUCAUCAUCAAGCUUCGUCCUCAAACAGACCUUACUUCAUCAGACUAUAGAAAAGCUGGUGUUGUUGAUGGAUUACUUUCCAAAUACAGCAAAAUCCGGCCGUAUAAAUUUGUUUUUGAAGGUUAUAAACCUACUGAAAUUCAUCUUUACUAUAUUCAAUGGAGCUCUGUUCGUGAUGCUGUUGUUAAAUUAUGGGAAGGAUUUCUUUCUCAACAGCACUCUUUCACUCCCAUUCUUGUGCGAAACGUUUAUGUGAGUUCCGAUGGUGAUGAGCUUUACGAAAGGUUGCAACCGCUGUUUGUGUCGAAACUUAAAGAGUUAGAAUGUAGUGAGUUGGUGAAAAAGUGGGAGAAGAAAUUGCAGAGUUUGGAUAAAGAAAUUGAGGGAAAUUCUGUUGCUACGAGAAAGUUUCAACCUGUUCAGCAGUUUGAAGAGCUGAAAAAGAAAAAGUUAGGGUUAAGAAGUGAAAAAGAGUUGAUCUUCAAGCGAAUUCAAGAAUUUAGAAACGGAAUUCGCUGUUUAAUUGAUUACAUUGAUAAGAAAGAAGAGAACGAGCAUGAUAGGGUUUUGCCUUUCCGUUUCCAUGAUGAUGAGUUCGAUUGGCCGAGAAUUUAUCAUGUGAUGAUGAGGGAAUGUCGCCGCCUCGCCGACGGUCUCCCAAUUUACGCCUAUCGGACGGAAAUUCUUCAGCAUAUUAGUUAUGAGCAGAUUAUGGUAUUGAUUGGAGAAACUGGAUCAGGAAAGAGUACUCAAUUAGUACAGUUUUUGGCUGAUUCGGGUCUUGUUAAUUCUGGAUGUCUGAUAUGCACACAACCAAGAAAAAUUGCAGUCUCUUCACUUGUACACAGAGUAUUAGAAGAGAGUGAUGGGUGCUAUGAAAAAGGUGCAGUUAGCUGUUGGCGGUCUUUUUCGUCAGUCCAACAAUUCAAUGCUGAAGUAACAUAUAUGACAGAUCACUGUUUAUUACAGUACUGUAUGAAGGACAGGGAGUUGCAUGGUGUUUCUUGUAUUAUUGUCGAUGAAGCUCAUGAGAGAACACUAAACACAGACCUACUUUUGGCAAUGCUUAAAAAAUUGCUUCCUCUGAGGCCUAAUUUGAGGCUUAUUAUUAUGUCUGCAACAGCAGAUGCCAAGCAACUUUCAGAUUAUUUUUUUGGAUGCGGAAUGUUUUCAGUGCUUGGCAGAAAUUUUCCGGUUGAUGUGAAGUAUGUCCCAUGUUUAGCCGAAAGUACUCCCCAAUCUGUCACUGCAUCUUCUGGCAACUUAGCUCCUUAUGUAUCUGACGUCGUAAGAGUUGUUACUGAGAUCCAUAGAACUGAGAAAGAUGGAACCAUUCUUGCAUUUUUGACAUCUCCUGUGGAUGUUGAAGGGGCUUGUGACAUGUUGGAUCUUUUUAACGCGGUUCCUUUAGCAUUACAUGGGAGGCUUUCAUAUGAACAGCAGGCACUGGUGUUCCAGGACUACCCUGGUAGAAGAAAAAUCAUAUUUGCAACUAAUGUUGCGGAAACAUCCUUGACAAUACCAGGGGUCAAGUUUGUGGUUGACUCUGGCUUGGCGAAGGAAAGUCAGUUUGAACCUGGUUCUGGCAUGAAUGUGUUAAGAGUAUGCUGGAUCAGCAAGAGUUCUGCUAAUCAACGUGCUGGUCGUGCUGGGAGAACAGAACCAGGAUGCUGUUAUCGGCUCUACUCACAAGAUGAUUUUACUUCAAUGGCUUCCCAGCAAGAACCUGAAAUACGCAGAGUUCAACUGGGUGUUGCUAUUUUGAAAAUUAUUUCUCUGGGCAUAGCAAACAUUUGUGAGUUUGACUUCGUCGAUGCUCCGUCAAGUCAAGCAAUUGAUAUUGCUAUCAGGAAUCUAGUGCAGUUGGGAGCUGUAGCUUCAGAAAAUGGUACUUUUGUAUUGACUGACCUUGGUCAUACUCUUAUUAAACUAGGUAUUGAGCCUCGUUUGGGUAAACUAAUUCUUGAUUGCUAUAGUUUGCAUUUGGGAAAAGAAGGUCUUGUUCUUGCGGCUGUUAUGGCAAAUGCGAAUAGUAUAUUUUGUCGAGUUGGCAAACUUGCAGAUAAGCUAAAGUCUGAUCGUCAGAAGGUAUCCUUCUGUCAUCCAGACGGUGAUCUCUUUACUUUGAUGUCUGUUUACAAGGCAUGGGAGAAUGUUCCAAGGGGAAAGAGUAGGAACAUGUGGUGCUGGGAGAGAAGCAUUAAUGCCAAAGCGAUGCAACGAUGCCAUGACACCAUAUGUGAAUGGGAGAGCUGUUUCGAAAGUGAACUUAGUAUCAUUGUACCAAGUUUCUGGAGUUGGACACCUGAGCGUGUCACGGAGCAUGAUAGGAAUCUCAAGAAGACAAUUCUUGCUUGUCUUUCGGAAAAUGUGGCUGUUUAUUCUGGUAGUGAUCAAAUUGGCUAUAAAGUGGCAUUAUCUGGGAAAUAUGUUCAGUUUCAUCCCGCCUGUUCUCUGCUGAUGUUUAAUCAUAAACCUGAGUGGGUUGUUUUUAGUGAAUUAGUGUCAAUUUCUUGUCUAUACUUGACAUGUGUGACUGUAUUUGAUUAUGAGUUUUUAUUGUCUCUUGUUCCUCCUCCACCAUUUGAUAUAUCUGGAUUGGAAAAUCAGAAGUUACAGGAGACAACAUUAUCUGGUUUUGGCAGAACUCUCCUCAAGAAGUUUUGUGGCAGGUAUAAUAAUGGUUUAAAUUGUCUUGUGUCACGACUGAGAUCAAUAUGUGCGGAUGAAAGAAUAUGCAUCAAAGUUGACUGUGAUAAGGAUGAAAUUCAGUUGUAUACUUCUUCAGAUGACAUUGGAAAGGUUUUAAAGGAUGUCAAUGAUGCUUUGAGUUUUGAAAAAAGAUCUUUACAGAAUGAAUGCAUGGAGAGAUGCUUGUAUACAGGGGGUCCUGGUAUGUCCCCACCUGUUGCUCUGUUUGGGUCUGGAGCUGAAAUUAAGCAUCUGGAGCUUGACAAGAGAUGUUUGACUAUUGAUGUGUUCUAUCGCAAUGUUAAUGCUGUUGAUGACAAGGAGCUUAUAUUGCUUAUUGAAAGUCACUCCUCAGGAAUUUGUGCUGUCCACAAAUGUGCAACUCAUGGUAAAGAAACGGAAGAGAGAGAGAAGUGGGGAAGUAUUACAUUUCUGACUCCUGAUGCUGCCCAAAAGGCAACUGAGCUGAACAACAUCAAGUUUAAUGGUUCUUUGCUUACAGUGAAUCUUUCGAGAGCAACCUUUGGAGUAGACCGAGCCUUUUCGUUUCCUGCUGUCAAAGCGAAAUUGUUGUGGCCACGUAGGAUAAGUAAAGGCUUUGGUAUUCUUAAAUGUGAGGUACCUGAUGUUGACUUAUUGGUUUCACAGUUCUCUAAUUUGCAGAUUGGGGAAAGAUUUAUUCGUUGUGUACCUAGUACUAGACAUUCUGAUUCUCUAUUGAUAAGUGGAAUUGAUAAGGAAGUUUCUGAAGCUGAAAUUUUGCGGGUAUUAAGGAGUGCUACAGAUAGGAGAAUUUUGGACUUCUUUUUGUUUAGGGGAGAUGCUGUGGAAGAUCAAACAACCCAUGCCUGUGAAGAAGUGCUUUUUAAAGAGAUAUCUGUUUUCAUGCCGAAAGGAAGUCCACAAAUUAAUUUCUGCAGAGUUCAGGUCUUUCCUCCUGAGCCUAAGAAUAGCUAUAUGAAAGCCUUGAUUACUUUUGAUGGAAGGUUACAUUUGGAGGCUGCAAAAGCAUUAGAGCAGAUUGAAGGAAAGGCUUUAUCUGGUUUUCGUUCAUGGCAGAAAAUACAAUGCGUGCGAUUAUUUCACACUUCUAUAUGUUGUUCUUCCUAUGUAUACUUCAUAAUUAAGACAGAACUUGAUUCAUUGGUCGCCAGAUUCAACCGUCAAAGAGGUGUUGAAUGCACUUUAGACAGGAAUGCUAAUGGCUCUUAUCGAGUGAAGAUAUCAGCCCCAGCUACUAAAGUUGUUGCUGAGCUGAGAAGGCCUCUGGAAGAGCUGAUGAAAGGAAAGACAGUGACUCAUGCUAGUCUUACUCCAGCUGUUCUACAAUUGUUGGGCUCUAGAGAUGGUAUUUUACUGAUGAAGAACAUUCAGCAAGGAAUGGGAGUUCACGUCUAUUAUGAUAGGAAGACCUUUAGUGUAAGAAUGUGUGGGCCUACUACUAAGAUUGUUGUGGCAGAAGAGCAGUUUGUGCAUCGCCUUCUUGACCUCCAUAAAAAUAAAUAUUUGGAGAUUCAUUUACGUGGUGCUGAACGGCCUAAUGACCUGAUGAAGGAAGUUGUUAAGAGGUGUGGUCCAGAUCUGCAGGUGUUGAAGGAGAAGGUUCCAGAAGCUGAGUUCACUCUUAAUACACGUCGUCAUAUCAUUUAUAUCAAUGGUACUAAAGAGGCAAAACAAAAGGUGGAGGAGAUUGUUGAUGAGAUAGCACUAGCAAGUGGUAGUUUGAAGGAUGCUAAUGUUGCGAGUGAAAUGGCCUGUCCGAUUUGUUUGUGUGAAGUGGAGGAGGCAUAUCAGCUCGAAAGCUGCAGGCAUGUGUUCUGCAGCUCAUGUUUAGUAGACCAGUGCGAGUCUGCAAUAAAAAACAAAGAUGGUUUUCCUAUUUGCUGUGCUCGGGAAGGCUGUGGAGUUCCUUUUUGGCUAGUUGACUUAAGAUCUUUAUUAUCUUGUGAAAAGUUGGAUGAGCUUUUUAUGGCGUCGGUACAAGCAUUUGUGAGUUGUAGCGGUGGUAAGGUUGCCUUCUGUCCUUCACCCGAUUGCCCAUCUGUUUAUAAGGUGUCAGGUCCCAAUGAAUCAGGGGAGCCUUUUGUCUGUGGUGCUUGCUACGCGGAAACUUGUACUAAAUGCCAUUUGGAAUAUCACCCUUACUUGUCAUGUGAGAAGUACAAAGAAUUCAAAGACGAUCCAGAUUCAUCUUUAGAAGAAUGGUGUAGAGGGAAGGAAGAGUUCGUCAAGAAAUGUCCUUUGUGUGGCCAUACCAUCGAGAAGGCAGAGGGGUGCAACCAUGUCGAAUGUAAAUGCGGAAAUCACCUGUGCUGGGUUUGCUUGGAGUCCUUCGUUGAUAGUGAUGAGUGUUAUAACCAUUUGCGAGCCAUUCAUCAUGGGAUCACAUAGGUCCGUAUUAUCUCUUUCUUUACCAUUUGAGGACGUUAAUUAUGAACUGUAAAUAGCUUUGCUUAGCUGAACCACACAUUGUACAUAUGUAGGUUACAGUUCCUCAAGUGCACCUAUAUUAAAACUAUACAUAUGUAUAUAUAUCCUUGCAUAGCUUUCCUUACAUUAUUGAACAUAUUAUCGUAUGCCACAGAAUCACAUAAGUUUCUGAGGCCGGUUUCUUGCAUAUAUGUGAUUUUUCUCGCCCUUCUCUCGA